AUGUCAUCCCCCGGCCCGGCCCUCAGCCAAGGCUUCGGCUACGGAAUCAUCCUCGGCGUCGGCUUCGCCUUUGCCAUCUUCAUGGUGACGCUCACGCACAUACUCAAGCGGUUCAACAAUGAGGUCCAGACGUCGGAGAUGUUCAACACGGCGGGCCGGACCAUGAAGUCGGGCCUCGUGGCGGCGGCCGUCGUCUCGUCGUGGACAUGGGCGGCCACGCUCCUCCAGUCGUCGGGCGUGUGCUACCGGUACGGCGUGUCCGGGCCGUUCUGGUACGCGUCCGGGGCGACGGUGCAGAUCCUGCUCUUCGCCACGCUGGCCAUCACGCUCAAGAAGAGGGCGCCCAACGCGCACACCUUCCUCGAGGCCAUCAAGGCGCGGUACGGCGCGCCGGCGCACUUCACCUUCAUCACGUUUGGGCUCGUCACCAACGUGCUCGUGUCGCUGAUGCUGAUUGCCGGCGGCGCGGCCACCAUCAACGCCCUCACGGGCGUCCACGCCGUGGCGGCCAUCUUCAUCAUGCCCGUGCCCGUGGUGGCGUACACGUUUGUCGGCGGGCUCAAGGCCACCUUCAUCACCGACUACAUCCACGGCCUCGCGCUCUUCAUCAUCAUCAUCACGUUUGCGCUGACGGCCUACGCCACGUCCGACGUCCUGGGCAGCCCGGCCGCCGUCUACGACCUGCUCGCGGCCGCGCGCCACCCCGUCGACGGCAACAGGGACGGCAGCUACCUGACGAUGCGGUCGCAGGGCGGCGCCGUCUUCUUCGUCAUCAACAUCGUCGGCAACUUUGGCACCGUCUUCCUCGACAACGGCUACUACAACAAGGCCAUCGCCGCCCACCCCGUCCACGCCCUGCCGGGCUACAUCAUGGGCGGCCUGGCCUGGUUCGCCAUCCCCUGGCUGACGGCCACCACCCUCGGCCUGUCUGCCCUGGCCCUCGAGUCCAACCCGCGCUUCCCGACCUUCCCCAACCGCAUGACCGAGGCCGAGGUGUCCGCCGGCCUGGCGCUCCCCUACGCCGCCGUCGCGCUGCUGGGCAAGGGCGGCGCGGCCGCCACCCUCAUCAUGGUCUUCCUGGCCGUGACGUCGUCCUUCAACUCGGAGCUGGUUGCCACGUCGUCCAUCUUUACCUACGACGUUUACCGGACCUACUUUCGCCCAGAGGCCAAGGGGAAACACCUCAUCUACAUGUCGCACGUGUGCAUGGUCGUCUACGCCGCCGUCAUCUGCUGCAUCUCCAUCGGCCUGUGGUACAAUGGCAUUUCCAUGGGAUACUUGUACCUGCUCAUGGGCGUGCUCAUCUCGGCCGCCGUCCUGCCCGCGACCCUGACGCUGCUGUGGAACGGGCAGAGCCGCUGGGCGGCGACGCUGUCCCCCAUCCUGGGCACGGCGUGUGCCAUUGUCGCCUGGUUGGUGACGGCCAAGAAGACGUGCGGCAGGCUCGACGUCGAGUGCACCGGCUCCAAUGAUCCCAUGCUGGCCGGCAAUGUCACUGCGUUGCUUUCGCCCGUCGUCUUCGUCCCCGUCUUGUGUCUGGCCUUUGGCCUGGACAAGUACGACUGGCAGUCCAUGAUGGAUAUCCGUCAGGCAGACGACCAUGACGUGCUGGAGAGCUCGGGCUUGGAUGCUGAGGCUCAGAGGGAGGCGGAGAUGGCUUCGCAAGCAAACUUUGACAAGGAGCAGCGCAAGCUGGACCGGGCAUUCAAAAUUGCUUGCAUCAUUACCAUUUCAAUGGCGCUUUCAUUCCUGAUCCUCUGGCCAAUGCCCAUGUACGGCACGGGAUACAUCUUCUCCAAGAAGUUCUUUACUGGCUGGGUGGUUGUGGGCAUCAUUUGGAUCUUCUGCUCAUUCAUUGCCGUCGGGCUGUAUCCCGCGUGGGAGAGUAGGGACACGCUCAUCAAGGUGGUGAGGUUGAUCGUCACGGGCAAAAGGCCACAGCCGGUUCUUGUGGCCGAGCAGGACGCAUCUGCAGACUCAAGCGGGACUGCGACUCCCAUCAAGUCUAGGUCCGUUUCGAAGGCUGGCUGA